CGUCCGCAGUCCCCAACGUUUCGCGUUCUGCAGUACUGUUCCUCCGACUGAGGUAUCAGGGAAUUGCGUCCAUCGAUUUCCUUCUGGUCGGGGCUUUUGGAUUUGCAGCGGCGAAAGGAAUCGGGUGAAGGAAGCCACCACGCUUCGAAUCUCCUGAGAUUUUCUCUGAAUCCAUCCAGAAGUUGGUUACCAGGAUGGAUCAUUGCAGUUCGGGGACCAAUGAGCUGCUGAAGGAGUUUUAUAUUCCUGAAUACAUAUUACUACCAGAGUUACCAGUAGAGCAUAUUUCGUAUACACCCAGUUGUCCUGUGAUAGUUUUUAUCAACCCCAAAAGUGGUGGCCAACUUGGAGGUGAUUUGAUUGUAACAUAUCGUGAACUUCUCAACAAAGUACAGGUUUUUGAUUUGAGCGAGGAAGCACCAGACAAGGUGUUGCACAAGCUUUAUCACAAUUUGGAAAAGCUCAAGUCUGAAGGAGAUAACCUUGCUGCUGAAAUUCAGAGGAGAUUGAGACUGAUAGUUGCAGGUGGUGAUGGUACAGCAAAUUGGUUGCUUGGAGUUGUUUGCGAUCUCAAACUGGAUCACCCACCUCCUAUUGCUACAAUGCCUUUAGGAACUGGAAACAAUCUUCCAUUUUCAUUUGGUUGGGGUAAAAAGAAUCCUGGCACUGACAAUCAGUCUGUGAAAUCAUUCCUAGGGCAAGUGAUGAAAGCAAGAGAAAUGAAAGUUGACAGCUGGCAUAUCAUCAUGAGAAUGCGAGCUCCCAAGGAGGGUGCUUGUGAUCCAAUUGCUCCUCUGGAAUUGCCACAUUCACUGCAUGCUUUUCGUCGUGUUUCAGAUACAGAUUCUCUUAAUAUGGUUAUCAGACAUAUCGUGGAGGAUUUUGGAACUACUUCAGUAUGGGGAUGGAUGCCCAAGUCUCAUAUGCAUUUCAUUCUGAGCGCAAGUUGCAUCCAGAAAAAUUCAAGAAUCAGUUGGUUAAUCAGAGUACCUAUAUCAAGAUUGGAUGUACACAAGGAUGGUUUUGUGCCUCUCUUUGUCAUCGUACUUCAAGUGGUUGACUUCAAAUACAGGAACAUAGCUCGGCUUGCAAAUGUGAAGAUCAUGAAAAAACAUGGCAAAUGGGAAAUGCUCCAUAUUCCUCACAGCAUUAGGUCGAUUGUUUGUCUUAACUUGCCUAGCUUUUCUGGAGGUCUGAAUCCCUGGGGAACUCCGAGUACGAAGAAGCGGAGAGAUAGGGACUUGACUUCACCAUAUGUUGAUGAUGGCCUUCUUGAGGUUGUGGGUUUUAAAAAUGCAUGGCAUGGACUUGUUUUGCUCUCUGCAAAAGGACAUGGGACUCGUCUUGCUCAGGCACAUCGUAUACGAUUUGAGUUCCACAAGGGUGCACCUGACCAUACAUUCAUGAGAAUCGAUGGAGAACCUUGGAAGCAGCCUCUUCCGGAGAAUGGGGACAAGGUCAUGGUGGAAAUCUCCCAUCUUGGACAAGUCAAGAUGCUUGCAACUGAAAACUGCAUAGCUAAAUGUAUCUGUGAUUCCUUAGGACCCUCAUCAGUUAUUCAUGAUGAUAAAGACCUAAGCGAUGAAGAUUCAGACAGGUCCGAGGAGAGAGAAAUGUUUGGUGCGGCAGAUGCAUUCAGAUAUCCAGACAACAUUGACUGUAUUUCUCUCGCCCGUUGAGGCUGCGCUAGAUUUUGUUGUAUAGGCAUUUGGGAGAAUAACAAUACAAGCUUUUCAACACCUGGUUUAGUGGUUUCUGAAUCAGAAAAGCAAAAAAAAUCAGGCCCAAUUUGCUGACACAUUUCAAAUAGUCUUGUUCUGCAUUUUCAACCAGGCGCAAGAGAUCAAAUACGAUAGUUGUUGUGGUUGUGGAAUAAAUUUGGAAGGGUAGCGAAGCUUAUUCAUACAUUGUUGGCGGGAUAGAAUUCAUGCUGCAGGGAAGGGAUUUUUGUGCAUUUGAUCGAAAGGACGAGUGCGUGGAAUAGAAUUUUUGAUCAUAAGGAUAAGCUUGUUCUUCCAUUAAUGUGUUUAAAGAGGGGAUAGGGAUAAAAAGAUAGUCGUAUGGUAAUUUUUGUUUCGUAUUAAUGAAAUUAUCCUUGUACUC